UCUAAACCUUAUUAUAUCACUGAUAUUUUUCUAUAGAAAGAAAUAGAUAAAAACAAUGGGACAAAGAGUUUCUUGUUGCACUCACCCAUCUUUUGCUUCUUCCAAUUAUGGUGAUUAUGAAAAAUUGGAAUCAGAAGAAGAUAGCAUUGUUCAAAAGAAAAACAAAUCACAAGAAGAUUCUUAUCCGGAGCUGCACUUUCCAUUUGAAUUGGGGAAGAGGAUCAAACAGUCUUUUCCAUUGACUAACCCAACAGAUGAUUAUAUGGCUUUUCGUGUUAUGGGUUCAAAUCCAAAGAAGUACUCUGUUAGUUCUAAUAUUGGAGCUGUGUCGCCUAAGUCUACUUAUGAUAUUAAAGUUACAAUGCAAGCUCAAGAGGAGGCACCUCCAAACAUGCAAUGCAAAGAUAUCUUUGUAUUUAAAACAAUAUUUGUAAAGCCCGGAGCUACUAGAAAACAUAUCACUCCAGAAAUGUUUGAAAAAAAUUCCGGCUAUGAGGUGAAAGAAUUGAUCGUGCGAGUUGUUUAUGUUGCUCCUCCUAAACUGCCAUCCCCAUUUCAAGAAACAUUCGAUAGAAAAUCGUCUCCUCGAGCAAAUUAAAAGGCUUCAAAAAUAAGUGGAUUACUCUUGAAGAUGUCAACCAACUACAAAUACGAUUUUUAUUCUAGUUUUUAGGAGAGAAAAAUUCAUGUCCUCUAAUAGGAUAAAGUUGUUUCUAUAUGUUCGAAUUUAAGGAACAUAACAAUAGACUAUGUUGAAUUGUAAUUCAAAUGUGCUAACGGAUGUCGUAACAUCUGCUCAGUUUAGAUGUUCACAGUUUUGAUACUUUGUUAGUUUGGAAGUUAGUUUUAGUUUGUUAAUAAGUUGGUUACAACAACCUGUUAGUUAGUUACAACCGAUUGUGAAGCUAGUUGCUUUAUGUGUAAGUUACUUGGUUCACAAGUCAUUAGUGUAGCUAGUAUAAAUAAAACCAAUUGUAUAUUUUAUCACUGGC